CAAGAACAACCACAGCUGCAAGUGUGUUUGUUCCAAUGUCUCACAAUCUAAAUCAAGCUCGGAGUCGGAUGGUCAGAAAGUAGCCCCGGUGGGAAAUAUUACGGAAAUAUUGAAGAGGAAGAUCGUGGGCGAUUGAGAUCCUCUUUCCCGGAAGUUUUGCCAAGUUCUUGCAGAUUUGAUUUCCGUUUAACCACCACGCCAUUCAAGAUCAAGAUGCCCGGCCGUUUAAUAGUACCCUGCUCGCUCGUCUUGUUGCCCUCGCUGGCUUCUGCUGUUGCUCCCAUUGCUCCGCACCAAGCUCUGAAGGCAGCCACGGGAAAGCUGAAGCAGAGUGCGAGUGUCAAGAAGACUGCAGCCACGGGCCGCUCUCCGAGCACGGCGGGAGCUUCGUUGGAGUUGAAGAGUACUCACCAGAAGGAAAUUGUAGCAGAUACUUCGCAAAUUUAAGCAGAUCCAAAAGUUGCCACUUUUUAUCAUUUUGGCAUUGUGAGGACGAAGGUCAAGCGUUGAUCGUCAAGGUAGCAGGUCCAGGUGGCACUCCCCAUGACUUCCUGGCUGCAUGCUAGAGAAGCUUGCCGCUGAAUCCGCUUGCGCGAGGGUUACGCACUCGCUUGGGCCGAUAGGGAUAUUAGAGAGGGCGACUGAGAAGGGCGGUCGGCCCCUCCAGCCAACAAAAUUCGGUCUUGCUGUCCCAGUUGCCCUCCGACCUGCUUCUAGUAUUUUUGUUGGAGCAGGCGCAUUCUUAAGCCUCACCAUGAUGGUGCUCCAUCUUCAUUUUUGCGCUAUGCAGCCUCACCUUGUGCGCCUGCGUUGCCUUGCCCUGUUUUACGAACGAUUUGGCGUCGCGUUUUCAGUCUUUGCGGCACAUUCGUAGAGGCACACGCGGCCCCGCGGAAGCAAAGCAGCCCGCCGCGACGUUUUUACUCGCGUGCGCCAAAGGUUUCGGCGCAGGGGUGUUGCGCGUUUCAUAGGGUGGCCGGGAAUAAAAAAAAAAACAGCUGGCGGCCGCGGCGAGGAGCCACUGCACGAGACGCGGCGCCACUUCGCGAAAGCAUGAAAAGCGAACAAAUGUUCCGCGCGCAGGUCGCGGAAACAAUUCGCAAAGCCAAUAAGUUAGGCCCUCCGCGUGGAGGGUUGAGUGGAGCUGUCGUGUUUCGUUCGACAGGAAAGCUCGGCCUCUUCUUGCGUCGCUAGCGGCCCACAAAGAAACCGGCCCCUCCGCCCGGAGGGGGCGGUUUCUUUAGGACCCGGAAGUUCCGAAAGUGCCAACUAUCCUUGUUUUCUGGGUAAAAGGUAGUGGUCCGGCUAUCAAACAAACCGCCCCCUCCGCGCGGAGGGGUCUGUUUCUUUCUGGGCCGCCAGCGGCGGACGAAGAAACCGAAAAUAAGAAAUCGACCCCUCCGCGCGGAGGGGUCGAUUUCUUAUUUUCGGAACGGCGCGCGCAGCGCGCCGAAGAAUUUUUUUUUGUUGCAUCCAGCAUUGGCCUCGGAAGCAAGUCGUGGGCCACGCCUCCGCGCGGAGGCGAGGAUUUCUUGUUUUCCCAGUGUGGAGCAAGAGCAACGACAGCGCCCACCUCCUCAGCCAUUCCUGAGGAGGUGGGCGCCACGGUUGUCUGGUUCCUUCCUUAUGCGGCAUAGCGCGCGCGCACUGGCGCCGUGGGGCUGCGCUCCUACCUUAAGGCGCAUGUAGCGUGGUGCGUGCGUUGUUACGGGCCUUUUGUCCGAGGGUAGCACCUGUCGUGCAGGCGCCGCUGCAUGGGAUUCCGCUCCGGAGCUCGGUGGCGACUCGCGAGAGACUAAGGGCAUGAGCAUGCAUGGGACACCGGCGCCACGACAAAGCCAACCAACGGGCUGCGUCUUUGUUUGAGGCGCGCCACGUUUCGCCCUACCUUUUUUCGUUGUGUUGUUUCUGGAAAAUCAAAACUCAUGGUCACGCGGCAACUUUUUGCCCCUGGCGGUGUAGGGGUCGACCUUCGUUGGAUGGAGUUAACUCUGCAGUAGUGGCGCCCGGUUUUCUUACAAGCCGCCGGCCGCCUUGUGCGAUGGAUCGGCGACGCACUCUCCCCUGCCCUCGCCAAGGCAGCCGCAGCUUCUCUGGCGCCGGGCAAUCUGCUUAAAUUAUUGAAGUAUCUGCGUCUCAAUCUGCUUCUACUACGGACCGCUCUCCGAGCACGGCGGGAGCUCCGUUGGACUUCAAGAAUAUCAAACCGCCAUCUUCAUCGGUACUUGCUCCCCUAAGCGCCAGUGCCGUGGCGCCGCCGAAACCGUCAUCGUCCACCGGAGCUGCUGGUGGGGUGUCCUCGACGGAGGAUGUUGCGAAAGCUUUACCGGUCGCGACGGCUAAGGACAAGAAGCAAGCAGCUGAGAAGGUAGAAGUGUAGUCCUACUCGCAAAGAUUUAGGAGCAUUCUACUUGUGGAACAAAAAGAAACAAUUGCUCGACCAAUAAAUGACUGAGCUGUCUUUGCAAUAACAAGCAGCUACUGACAGCCGCUGCUAAUUCCCACGUUCUUCGUACCAAACAUCAAAAGGUCUCGAACCAUGAAGCCGCAAACUUCGCCGGCUCCACCUAUUUCGGCCGAGCCACGGCGACCUUUGUUAAGGUCUUUGCGAGGAAGGAAGCUCUAUGCAUUGCAAAAGUAUCGUACUCGUACAAAUGCAUUACAAAUUAUUUUCUCAGCAUGAGAAAUGAAAUUUGUGAUGCUGAUUUACCUCAAGAAAAAAAUUUAUGCAUGAUUGCAAUACGUGUGCCGUGCGAUACUUUUGCGCAGGAUAAGCUCCGGGCACGACGGACUGCGCCGAGUUCACCUACCACAAUGCGCCGGACUGCCAGGCGCUGUGUGAGAGCAUCCCUAAUGUGGACGUGAAGCGGAAUUGUGCAUGGUAAUAGAAGUGCUGGAUUCGGAUUGAUGAAACUUCUUACGUGCUGGCAGGACUUGAAUGCUUUGCUGCAGAACAAUCUUUUUGUGCAUCAGAACAAUGUCUGACGGAAUUACUUAUCAUGUUGCACCCGGCGCUAAUAAUUAGAUCUGAAGUGCAUAGCGGCCGAAAUCCCCUCCCGCAUUCAAAAAAAAAAAGUGCAAUAAUGAAUAUGUUUAAAUCGCCCACUUAUACUAGGUACGCAACCCGCGUGAACCUGUGCUCGGCCACGGAGUACGAGUACGCAACGGAAUCCUACAAGGGCGUUGGUGUCCCGCUUAACUUGAUAUGUCAGUGCACAACUUGUUCCCCUCUGCCCCUCAUUUGUCAUGCAAAAAACCUAAUUUACGCCUUGCCGCUUGGCACUGUUUGCAUGAGAAGUCUUGGCAGGAGCCCAAAUAGCACUACACUCCUGUCCAAGUUUGUCAUGCAGCAAAACCUGUAUUCUUGCCGACGGUUGUAUUGCUGUUCAUCAUGCAAUAUAAACGAGGGGGAGACGAGGGAGGUCUUGUGCACUCUCAUACUUGAAAUCCAAGUGCGAUAAGGGGGAAUCGGUGAUGCGCUGCAAAAUCUGCGAUCGUGCGAUCAACUUUGACGAGCAGAAUUUUGUCCACGAUGACGCCGGGUACUAUCAAAUGUAAAAAUGUCUGGGUCUGGAAAAAUGCAGACUUGUCAUGUAUAUUUUGUAUGGUGAUUGAGACCUCUAAUGCAGAAUCUAGCAACGCAGAUUUUUAGAGGGCUUCCUAAUGCCUACUCCGCAUGAGAAAUGCCCUUUCCGCGUAACACAAACUGGAGUCCUGUUGCUGGUCAUGCAAUACAGAUUAGGGCUUUUUGGUGGACUGCUGGAGACCCCAGUCCAGUCGCAUCGCGACGUUAUUUUUCAGCUGCAGGAGACCCCAGCUAUCCCUUUGCUCUGCCCAAGUCCCUCGUCUUUGUCUGUUCGUCGUGUGUUGCCUGGUUUACCGCUGGAAACGAUACCGUGCUUUUGGAAUUCCGGUUUCGACCAGGACAUGCAGCCACUCUAACGGUUUCACUCGGGUCCGACCCCCGUUAGGGCUUGACCCUUCCCCCCCGAGAUCCUACCUGAGGUAGUGGUUGUAAAGGGGGUAUAGUGGUUGAGGGGUAAAUAAGGUCAUGCAAUACAGAUUUUUUUGGAAUCCAAAGACAGCAUUACAAGUUGCAAUCUUCCAGACCCAGACACUUUUGCAAUCCAUAGCUACUGGCCGUUCACCAUUCUGCAGUCGGACGGCAUGCUACGAGAGUGCAAACUCCCCCUCGCCCGCAUUUGUAUAAUUGCAUGAACAGCAACGCAAGCAACAGCACAAAAGGGGCUUUCGCAUGACAAAUCUGCAUGCGGAUUGUCAUACUAUAUACUAUAAUUUGAGGUUCCAAAAUUUGUCAGCAGUGACAAACAACUGGCCAAUGGUUUGACAUCUCCGGUCCGCGGCACUUGCCUUUUUCGUCCGUGCCGCAGGUAAGGCACAAAUGGUCCAGCCUCCCCUGUCUGGGUGGGGUUGCGGCUUAAGGGAGAGUCUCGCCCCUUAGCCCAAAGGGGUACGUCGUCUCUUCCGUGAGAACAGAAACUUAAGGCGUAAAAUGGGUCGGGUCCUGGAUCGUUCUGUAUGUUGGGCUGUCGCGCUCGGCUAGCUGGCCGGGCUGUACUGAUCAGGUGUGGUGGGUAGCUCCCGACUGGUUGGUAUUUUUAUUGGGGCGACUUGCCGUGGUAGCGCUCGGCUUUUGUAUGUUGAGGUCGCCGAAAGUGCUUCCUCGCCCACCCCCCGGGGAGGGGAUCCUUGACCUGUGGCGCUGGGUGCGGGUGUCCACUACAUGAUGAUGAUGAUGAUGAUGCUAACAGUGCUUACGAGCAAGGUGUGGAUUUGGUAUUUUGCAUUACAAAUGAGGGCGCGGGGGUGGAGUUGUGCACUCUCAUACAUGCGCGCGGGCGUCGGCUGGGUGGUUUUCCUCGUCGGCUGGGCGCUGUUCUUUUCCGUGUAUCCUGUGCAAAAGUAUCUGAUACUCGUAUUGCAAUCAUGCAUUACAAAU